AUGACGGAGCCACGCAUGAGGCUGCGGCAAAAAGGCCAGCAGUUCCCCACGCAAGACUUAGAAGCCUUCCUCCUCGCCUUUGGCGACAACGACUACCCCCUCGCGGAAACAAUGCGCGUCCUCGACGAAAUCAUCACAGACUACAUCAUCGAAACCUGCCACGAAGCUGCAUCUGUCGCGCACCACGCGCGCCGCGCCAAGAUCAAGCUCGACGAUUUCAAAUUCAUGCUGCGCCGCGACACGGGCAAGCUGGGCCGCGUGAGCGAGAUGCUGGAGACGGAUAAAGAGCUCAAGAGGAAGAGGAAGGCGUUUGAUACGGAUGAAGGGGCGGUGCUGCAGGACAAGGAUGGGGCUGGUGCUGGUGCUGGUGGUGCCGAGGACGCGGGGAGGGGGGAAAGGGAGAGUAAGUUGGGGAGGCCCAGGAAGAAGGUGGAUGGGGAAGGAGGGGCGGCUGGGGAUGGAGAGAGGAAAAAGAAGAAGAAGAAGAAGGAUGGAGGGGGUGGUGGUGGGGAUGAUGCUAGUACGGUGAGGAGUGGAUGA